GCGUAGGCCGGGAGGAGGUGAUCCCUUGAGCUUGAGUAUGGUGCAGCCAACCCAAACCACAACCCAAGACCACCACCACUCAUAAACUAAUUCCCCACCCUCAGCAGGAAAGAAAGAAAGAAAGAAAGAGAGUGAGUGAUGAGUGAGCGAGGAGGGUGAUGUAUAGCAGCAGUAUUGGAAAGAAGUGAGGUGAGCGGCCAGGCCACACUCCACACUCCCUCCAAUGUCCCCAAGCGGAAAGGGAAAGAGACCCACCCCGCCCCGUCUCUGCCUCCCUUCUCCGCCGUCCUCCGCCACCGCCCGAUCUGCUGCCGCCAUUCGCCCAGGUUCCAUCAAUGGGGCAAGACUCCGGCCUAAAACGCCAGUCCAAUUCCCAUUCCCAUUCCAGACUGAGGCCAGUCCCUGAACUCCCACAAACCCCUACUCGCCGCACCAAUGCCGACAACGACAUCAGGAGAUACAUCCAGCUCAAAUGCUCCGACGCCGGCGACCACUCCCGCUCCGGAGAGCUCCGCCUGGCCGCGGGCGGCCACAUCCCCAAUUUCCACUGCAAGAGCCUGCCGACGCGAAGCCGGCUCACCAAUGCGGAGGAUAUCCCCGUCACCAAGCGCGGCUCCAUGUACCAGAGCUCCAGCGAGAUCACCAGGAUAAGGAGGCUCCAGGAGGAGGGCAGGAGGAAGAUAGACUCCGCGCCUAGUGCAGAUGAGUUUCUUUCAUUUGAUAUCGUCGACGAGGCCUCCCGGCCGAGCACGAGCGGGAGCAGGAGCGGGGCUCAUUACCUCUUCUCCCACCAGAGCCGGCGGUCGGAGGCCGCCAAGUCCUCCGUGGAGACCCGGAGGGUGAACCGGCCGUCCACCAAGGACUUUCUGGAUUUGUCGUUCCGCGAGCUCCCUGAUGAGAGUUUCAAGCUUGACCGGCCGCGGAUGGACUGCACCCUGCUGAAGAAUGAUGACGCCGGUGGUGGUUUCUUGGAGAUAUCCAUUGAGGAAGAGGAGGACACAGCAAGAGCCCCCUGCAGAAAUGCAGCUCCCCAUUUGCUGGAUGCAGAGUCUGGUAGAGGUGCAGAAGCAGAUCGUCAGCUCAACUCCGGCGUAUGUGCUGGUGAAAGUAAACACCAUGGUGAGAGGCAGAGGGUUCCAGCAAGUAAUAUUCCUGAUAAGUCUGUGCCAGCAAAGAGGGAGAGCGCCUCUGAUGGCACCAGUCCAUCAGAAUGUGUCAAUCGCGCCACAGAGAGCAUCACUAAAGCAGCUCGAUCAAGUCCUUUCAAGAAGAUGCUGAGCCCGAUCAUGAAGUCCAAGUCUGUUAGAAGCAGCCCAUCUCUUGCUGAAAAGGAAGACCCCAACUCUGCAGCUGUGUCAGCAAGCAGCAGAAACUGUGUAUCCCGCAAAUCGUUGCUCAGUGAUCUCUCGAGGACUGAGCGGAGCCAAGCAUCAUCCAAUUGCCAGCCAAAUGGAGAAAGUCGGCAUAUGACGGAGGCUUCUUUGUCACCUGCUCAUCUUCGAGCAGUUCUUAAAUGUGAUUCCAGAAAUGGCAUUCCGUUUUAUGAUUUUUGUGUCGAGGGCCCGGAAGAGUCCAUUUCUGCUAGGUCUUGGGAGAGUGGGAGUGAACUGAGCCGGAUUUACACUUUCCAUAGCGGCGUUAAACGAGGAAGCACUGCUGGGAGGUCUUCCAAAGAUGAGCGCAGAUGUUUGCCUCCAACUGUAGGCCAAAUGCAGGUUUCCUCCUAUCUAUGCUCUGAAGUUGGAAAAGAUGGCAUUCUGAAUAAUUCUGUCAACACCGAGUUUGUUCUGUACGAUAUCGCUCACGCAAGGCGAAGUUUUGCUGCCGAGGAGAAGACCGAGUGUACAGAGCCCAGCCAGCCGAAAUCCUGUGGUGCCGUUGAUAAACCAGUCUCUGGUGAAUAUCCACAGAAGAUUAAUCUGAUUGACCACCAGCAUGAUGCAAGGAAUAAUCCAGAGGUAUCGACAUCUCGGCCAUGGUCUGAAGAGGAUCUUUAUCCUCAUUUGGAGAUUGCAGCAACAGUCAUUCAGAUCCCAUUUAAUAAGGACAAGAAGUGUUCGUCCGCUGGUACUAUCAAAGUGGUCACACCGAGUGGGCUGCAUGGAUUAUCAAGCGAUAAUGAAUCCAGCCCAUCAUCUUUGCUAGAUAGAUGGAGGUAUGGUGGGGGUUGUGAUUGUGGCGGAUGGGACAUGGCAUGCCCACUUGUCGUCCUCGAGAAUGCUUAUGAUGAUAACUGGGUCGAUUCUGUAACGGAAGAAAGCAAGCAUCCUAUGGAGCUCCUUGUUCAGCAAAGAAGAGCUCCCUGCUGUUUCCAUGAAAGCCAAUGGGAAAGGGCAGCUAUUGGUGGAUUUCCAUGCGCGGCUAUCAGCGUUACAGGCAUUCUCAGUCUGCAUCUCUCUGCUGCACUGCUCGGAGGCUUCGACGGCCGUCGUCAUCGAGAAGGGCAAGCACAAGCUCUACUCCAGCUCCCUCAAGAUGCUCCUUGAGGGGGAGGUGAUGCACCUGAUUGAGGCGGUCACGGCAGAGGAGAAGAAGAAACUGAAGACGACGAAGCGAGAGAAGGCGCCUCCGUCCAUCACGCUCGACCCGCGGCGCCCGCCCUUCUCUCCCCUGGGGAGGGUAUAGGCUGAGCGAUUAUCAUUGUGUAAAAUUCUCAGUCGUGAUUCGGCUUGGUGUUCAUAUUUUUUUUGUGAUAGAAAAGGUGGGUAAAUUUACCUUGUUCAUAGCUAGAGAUGGAGGAGGAGGUUGCGUGUACCAGUAGUUGCUAGUCUUUAGGUUUUAGGGAAGCAGCAGCAAGGCCAUGAGUUUAUUUGCUGAAUGAAAUGCAGAGCAGAGGAGGUUGGUUGUGCAAGAGCUGCAGCUCCAUGUCCCAACAGAAAGAAGAAUAUAAAUAAAUUUAGCUGGCCAUUGCUUUGCUUCUGUGUUCUUUGAA